UGUCAUGCCAUCUUCUUCCUCGUCUUUUACUCUGUGUUGAAAAGCUCUCAAGAUUGGAUCAAAUUCGUCAAAAAAAAAACUCGACUUUUUUCAAAAUCCAUUCCUUCUCUACCAAUAUCUCGUUCUCUGAGUGAACUAUCCCUAAACCCGCCAUGGAUCUUGCCCCAGAAGAGCUUCAAUUCCUCAGCAUUAGAGGAAUCUUGCGUGAAUCAACCUCGAUCCCCAAAUUUUCCCCCAAAACCUUCUACCUCAUAACCCUAAUCCUAAUUUUCCCUCUCUCCUUCGCGAUCCUCGCGCAUUCCCUCUUCACACAACCGAUCUUUGCUCAGAUCGACACUUACCCUCCCGCCGAUCAAGCUCAGACCCAACACGAAUGGACCGUCCUCCUCGUCUUCCAGUUCUGCUACGUCAUCUUCCUCUUCGCCUUCUCUCUCCUCUCCACAGCCGCCGUCGUCUUCACCGUCGCUUCUCUCUACACCGGAAAGCCCGUCUCUUUCUCCUCCACAAUGUCGGCGAUUCCUCUGGUCUUGAAGCGUCUCUUCAUCACUUUCCUCUGGGUCUCCCUCUUGAUGCUCGCCUACAACACCGUCUUCUUGAUCUUCUUGGUCGCGCUAAUCGUGGCCGUCGAUCUGCAGAACGUGGGUUUAGCUGUCUUCUCGUUGCUGGUGAUCUUGGUCCUGUUCUUGGGCGUUCAUGUUUACAUGACGGCUCUGUGGCAUUUAGCUAGCGUUGUCUCUGUUCUUGAGCCGGUUUACGGUUUAGCCGCGAUGAAGAAGAGCUACGAGUUGCUUAAAGGGAAAACCUUUAUGGCUUGUUCGAUGGUUUUCAUCUAUCUUGCUCACUGUGGAUUAAUCGCUGGAGUGUUUGGAUCAGUGGUGGUUCACGGUGGAGAAGAUAACGGAAUCUUCACUAGAAUAGUCGCUGGUGGGUUCUUGGUUGGUGUUCUUGUGAUAGUGAAUCUAAUUGGGUUGCUUGUGCAGAGUGUGUUUUACUAUGUUUGCAAGAGUUUUCAUCAUCAGGAGAUUGAUAAAUCCGCUUUGCACGAUCAUCUUGGUGGGUAUCUUGGUGAAUAUGUGCCUCUUAAGAGCAACAUUCAAAUGGAGAACUUUGAUGUUUGACAGAACCGGUUAUUCAGGUUUUUGCAGUUUAUAAAUGUCGUGUAAGUUUGUAAUGUUUGUAAUUUUUUUCAAGAAGUGCUUUUUUUUUUCCCUUUUUCUACUUGCAUAUUCAAUUUUAGUGGAGAGGAAGAGACUAUUCUUUAUAGAGUUUCUGUUACUUGUAUGUAGACUAUUUGAAUUUGAUGCAUACAUAAGAAUGAA